GUGUGAUCCCAGGCCCGCCUGCGAGGCUGGCUGCCGGCGCUGAAGCGGCGACGGCGGGAGUCGCUGCUGAGGCAGCCGCGGGCGCGGGUCGCUUCGGCGCUGCUCCGUGGGGCCGGGCCGGGCUGGCUGCAGCUGGCGCCUGGCGGUGAGGGCGGGCUCCCGGGACAGGCGGAAUGGCCCCCACCUAGGGCAGUGGAAGAAGCGGCUGAGCGCAGGAUGCUGGGGAGGCGGCGCGGCGGCUCCUCACUCAUCCCAGAUGUUGAUCCUCUUUCUUCAGUAGAAUCUCCAUGGCCUGAACAUUUUCUGAAAAUUAUUUUGAGCAGACUAUCUGUUAAAUAACAAGAUAACCACAUCAAGAUGGUUGGAAAACUGAAGCAGAACUUACUAUUGGCAUGUCUGGUGAUUAGUUCUGUGACUGUGUUUUACUUGGGCCAACACGCCAUGGAAUGCCAUCACCGAAUAGAAGAACGUAGCCAGCCUCUCAAAUUGGAGAGCACAAAGACCACUGUGCGAACUGGUCUGGACAUCAAAGCCAAUAAAACCUUUCCCUAUCACAAAGAUAUGCCUUUAAUAUUUAUUGGAGGUGUGCCUCGGAGUGGAACCACACUCAUGAGGGCCAUGCUAGAUGCACACCCCGAUAUUCGCUGUGGAGAGGAAACCAGGGUGAUUCCCCGAAUCCUGGCCCUGAAGCAGAUGUGGUCACGGUCAAGUAAAGAGAAAAUACGCUUGGAUGAGGCUGGUGUCACCGAUGAAGUGCUGGAUUCUGCCAUGCAAGCCUUCCUACUAGAAAUUAUUGUUAAGCAUGGGGAACCAGCUCCUUAUUUAUGUAAUAAAGAUCCUUUUGCCCUGAAAUCGUUAACUUACCUUGCUAGGUUAUUCCCCAAUGCCAAAUUUCUCCUGAUGGUCCGAGAUGGCCGGGCAUCAGUACAUUCAAUGAUUUCUCGGAAAGUUACUAUAGCUGGGUUUGACCUGAACAGCUAUAGAGACUGUUUGACCAAGUGGAAUCGUGCCAUAGAGACCAUGUAUAACCAGUGUAUGGAGGUUGGCUAUAAAAAAUGCAUGUUAGUUCACUAUGAACAACUUGUCUUGCAUCCUGAACGGUGGAUGAGAACACUCUUAAAGUUCCUUCAUAUUCCGUGGAACCACUCAGUAUUACAUCAUGAGGAGAUGAUUGGGAAAGCUGGAGGAGUAUCUCUGUCAAAAGUGGAAAGAUCUACAGACCAAGUCAUCAAGCCAGUCAAUGUCGGAGCACUGUCAAAAUGGGUUGGGAAGAUACCCCCAGAUGUUUUACAAGACAUGGCGGUGAUUGCACCUAUGCUUGCCAAACUUGGAUAUGACCCAUAUGCCAAUCCACCUAAUUAUGGAAAACCUGAUCCCAAAAUCCUUGAAAACACUAGAAGGGUCUAUAAAGGAGAAUUUCAGCUCCCUGAAUUUCUUAAAGAAAAACCUCAGACUGAGGAAGUGGAGUAGCAGAGCCAGGAACCACUUACGUAUGUGAGGGAAGACUGCUGCCUUUCAACAGGAGGGAAAGUUCUAGGACUGGCUGUCCCCCGCUGAGAUCAGUGGAGCGUAUGUACCAUGGCCCGCAUCUCCUGUUGGCUUGCCGGUCUCCUCCCACUGCGAGGGUGGGAUGUCAGUAUACAUUUGGGCCUUCCUGAGUGAUCUUCCUGACUGCAGUGCUCUUGAUCCUAAUUACAUGCACAACCCUGUGGAUAAGAAGCCUGGAAGGAGCAUGUGCUUUCUGUUAAAACUGCUCUGGUCCUCAUCUUUUCUUACCAGAUUCCAAACUUUUGUUUCAAGGGGAGGGUUUUAAAAUGGAAUUCUAUAAGCAAAAUUGGGCAGUUUCAUCUUGGAAUAGGUUGUCUGUACAUGUUCUAAUGUUUCGUAGAACACUUCCUGUUUAAAUGUAUUGAUGUGGAUAAUAUUAAAUAUCUUAAUUAUUUAAAUAAUUCAUUGUAUUGUUUUUGAGAAGUUGAGGAAUUACCGUACAUUUACAACUUAAUGACUUUUGUAUUUUAUUUUUCAAAAUAAAAGCUUUAAAUGUGUGAAGCAUUCUGGU